CCACAUGGCAGUGCACAUCGCGACUUCGUGAUGUCAUCAAGAGUCUUUAUAAGUAAACCGGAAAAAAGAUUUGCUUGAUGAGUGUUAGGGUUAGGUUAGGUGGAAUUCAAUUCAAUACAUAACCUUACAAAGUACGGCCCGGUGUUGUUUUAGGGGAGAUUUUAUUCUUUGUUAUCAGUAAUAUGGAUAAUGAAGAAAUAAAGAAACCAAAAAGCCAUGAAACAAAGAGUGCAGUUUUAUUAAAUUCAAGAAUUUUCAAAUUGGUCGAGACCAUUGAGAAAAAGAUUAAAGCAGGCCAUGCUGACAAAGAUCUAGAAGAGAUGAAGCAAUUACGUGAGCAGUGCGGCAGUGAAGAUCCUCUUGUCAGUGUGACUGCGUGUCAUGGCCUGGUGUAUCUAGUUAAGUCCUCUAUGUGUCCUUUGGUUAACACGGUCUCGGCUCUCGUAGCUUCACUCUUCUCUGUUAAGAGUGUCACGGGGGUGACGAGUGCACUGACAGAGCUGCUGGUGUUGGAGCUGAGAUGUAAGUUGGCUGAUGGGUCUGCCUACUGCUGCCCGUAUAACACCAGGUCACCUCUUCACCCCCUGGUGGCAGUGUUGAAACGCAGGCCCCUCGCCUGGCAUGAUGUCCUCAACCAGCUCUCUACCCUCUGCUCACACUCAGAUAAUCAGGUGGUCAGUAAUAGUCUGGAGCUCGUGCGACCUGUGUUGGUCUACGUGCUGAUGGAAGGCAAUGACUUGCCCGACAGCUGUAGACUCCAGGCCUUCAAAAUUGUCAUUAGCCACUUCUCAGAUACUGACUUUUUGAUAGAAGCUCUUGCCUCCUGCCUUUGCUGGAACAACAACCGUCUUCUAGAAGUUGUGCAACUUGUGUCAGCCUUGGGAGAGGCGGCUGUGGCAAGCAAGCAUGGGUUACAUGUGUCACUGAGCUGCUUAGCUUUGGCCACCCUGGUACCUCGACUCCUGCAGACCGCAGUGUGUCCCCAGCCCACACUACAGCUGGUCGCUCGGCUUGCUGCCAUUGCUACCAACACGCACUCCACCUUGCUCGCUCUUCUCGCUGACUCCAUCCCCUCCUGCCCUGCACCACACCUGCAGCACCUGUUGGCCUUCUUUGUAGAGCUUCUGGGACGAGGACAGUGCUCCCUAGAUUGUACCUGGAUGUGUGUGAGUGCUCUGAUGCCAUGGUUGGCUGCUAGUCCUAGCCACCUUCACCAGGCACUGCACACUGCUUCCUUGAUUGUGAAUCAUGCUUCUGCUGCCACUGCCAAUGCCUCAACCACUGCCACUCUGAUUGGGAAUUCUGCUGUGGCUGCUGUUGUCUCAGCUGAUCCCAGACUUACACAGGCAAUUCAUUUGGCUAGAUUGAGUGAGAUUUUACGAACUGAUAGCAGUGCAACUCUACAGUGGCUCAAGUCUGCUCAAGUGAUAAGAAUGGAUCAGAUUCAUCAGUACGUCAGUGCUUUAUUGAUAAGCCGUGCGGAAACAGAAGUUAAGUUGGCAGCACUGGAAGCUCUGGUGUGCUCUCAGGCUCCCAUGGCUACAUCACACAACCUGACACUGAUGUUGUACCAACUGGCUAAAGAGAAACAGCCAAAGGUCCAACUGGCACUGCUUAGAGCUCUGCCAUCUACAGCGGUUGAAAAGAACAAUGUGUUGGGUGUGAUCUCAACGUUGGAGGCCCUGCGACAGUCUGGUAAUCAACAGCUGUCUCUGCUGGCGGUGGAGCUGUACUGUCAGUUGUGGCUCAAUCAGGAGCGGUGCUACCCACAGCUGAUGGGUGUGUUGGACCAGAACUGUGAAAAUUACCCUUGGCUCGCUAACUUGCUGCAGGCCAACAUCUGCAAGAUCAUCUGUGAUACCCGACCAGAGAUGCACGGCAAGGAGGUGGUGCCCAAGGUAUCUGACAUACUGAACAAGUGUGGGGGAGUAAAGGACAGUGCAGCAUCUGCUCUCGCUCUGGAGGCCCUGAUACCUCUAUGUUGCCACGAUGUCGUCGAUAUCUUUACCAUUUGGCGCAGCCUGGCACCACGGUUCUCUAAAGACAAGCGACCGCCAGUCAUCAAGAGCCUGUGUGAGCUGCUGAGUGUAGCUGCCAACCAAAAGUCCGGAGACUGUGACAGUGACAGCCUGGUACAAAUAAUCAAGUGGCUGUGGAACCUGGUCGCUUACAGCAAGCAGCCAUCCAUUGUCGACGAUGCACUCAAAGCUUUAUCAAAGUUCCGUUUGGAGCAAAUGACUUUGAAGAUGCUCCCAGAAUGCUUCCGCAAAGACAUCACAUUGCCACCUGAGAUGGCCAAAACUCCAGUAGAUGCUGCUCGGAGACCUGAAGAUGUUCUGGAUUACAUUCCAGGUGAAUGCUGGAUCCAACUGCUGAGACAUGUUGGCACUGAGUCAGCCAGUUUGGCCAUUGCGUGCUGGAUCAGAAUGGAACUUGCUACAUUUCGCUCCAAUCGUUAUCAGGUGGACAGACAAGAGCCAAGAAAUUACAAAGACCUGCCGGCUCGGAGUGUGGUACGGGGUGUGGUCACCAGUCUGCAACACCUGUCUGCUCCUACGGACAGCAGUCUAGCCAACCUCUGUGUGGUAGCCCUGAUUCAGCCCUCACCCAAACCCUUGCCUUCACUCAGCUGGGCGUUCCUCUCCGAUUUGCCUCAGGCCGAUCCUGCCCUUGCCCACAAUAUUGUGAGGCUUGCAGCCAAGCAGUCUCAGAUAUCUCCCUCAGCUCGCAAGAUUACAGACAGUUACAUCUCUAGUUGUGGCACUGAUAGAGAAAAAAUUGAGUUCUUGUAUACAAUUCUGAGUGAUCUAUGCCGUGGGAUACCUCCUAAUACACUGAAACCAUUUUUAGAAAGGACUCUACAAACUGCAUUGAACCAGAAAGAUAAUGAACAUUUGUCUACUAUGCUGGGCUGUGUGAAAGCAACAUUGAAGGAAGAGAAGAUACAUGAAGCCAACAGAGCACUACUUCACCAACAAGUGAAGGCGCUGUGGGACAUGAUUGAGCCGCAACAUGAAAUUAUGUCGGAGUUGAUGUCAUGUCUGAGUGAGUUACCUAUAAGCACUGUCGAGAGCGUCUCCUCCACCUCUGUCAUGUGGGAAGUGACGUCAGCUCAGCUCCAGAAGGCUUUUCGUCUCAGGGCUUUCAUGGCUCUCUCGCCUAACACAACCCAACCCCUCAACUGGCUCAAUGAGAUCAUUGAAGUUGCUUCAUCCAAUAUCUCGGAACAGGCUUUGGCUCUACAACUAGUCUGUGAGGUUAUCACUCAGCUCUCAGGACACUCUGGUGCUUGGCCGUGGCUACAAGAGCUCAUGGGGCAGACACACCUUACCACUGUUAACAACAAGGGUGGUGUAGAAUUUCUGGUGUCUGUAUUUGUGCUGUGUGUGGAUAUCAUGUCAGGCUACAGCAGUCUGGAGACAGCAGGUCAGGACAGUAGAGCACCCAGGCUCCCUCAGGCUGUGGUCUCACUGGUCAAUCAACAUGGAGAUGUCAAGUCGAUGUUGGAAUGGCUGAACCACAUGAAGGGAACUGAGUCAUUUCCAUCACAAUAUUUGCCUCAGUUCCAGAUGGCUGCAAGGAAUCUGUCCCUUAUAACUACCUGAGUUACUUGGAUCAAUUCCUUCAAAUGUGUAUAAUAAAGAUUUUGCAUUCA